GAUCGCAGGGGCUUCACCAUGAAAUAGCGUAUCGACUGAAAUCACAAUCUCUGGUUCAGCAGAGAUCAUCUUUGUGGCGGAGAAAUUGUAAUAAAGUAAAAGAAAAAGCAGAGGCGCUCUGUCGAAGCAUAACCGGCAUUUCUUACACAUCACGUUUGCACUUCCAGGCUUUUCUUAAAGUGUCUGACCGCCCAUCUUUCCGUACUCAUACUGUGUUGAUUUAGUAUUUUGAAUUGCGUACCAAAGAAAUGGUGAUGGAGAAGCCAAGUCCCCUGCUGGUCGGGCGGGAGUUUGUGAGGCAGUAUUACACUCUCCUAAAUAAAGCACCUGACUUCCUGCACAGAUUCUAUGGCAGACACUCAUCCUAUGUUCAUGGAGGACUGGAUGCUAAUGGGAAGCCAGCAGAGGCUGUCUACGGGCAAGCUGAGAUUCAUAAGAAGGUGAUGUCCCUGCAGUUCAGUGAGUGCCACACCAAAAUCCGUCAUGUGGAUGCCCACGCCACCCUAAGCGACGGUGUGGUUGUCCAGGUGAUGGGCGAGCUCUCCAAUGCUGGACAGCCCAUGAGGAAGUUUAUGCAGACCUUUGUGCUUGCUCCGGAGGGCUCUGUGGCAAACAAGUUUUACGUGCACAAUGACAUUUUCCGGUAUGAAGAUGAGGUUUUUGGUGAUUCAGAGGCAGAACUUGAAGAAUCCGAGGAGGAGGUUGAGGAAGAGCAGGAGGAGCGACAGCCAUCUCCUGAACCUCUCCAAGAAACUUCCCGAAGCACCACCUACUAUGAGCAGCAUUCUGUAGCCAAUGGUGUGGAGGAGACGCUGGAGGAAGCUGCUCCAGAGACAGAGCCGGAGCCAGAACCAGAACAGAAAACGGAGGAGCCGAAGCCCGAGGUUGAAGGGAAGGUUCUUGAAGAGCUGGAGGAGAAGGCCCCAUCUCCUGCUCCUGUGGAGUCACCACACCUUGUGCAGGAACCUCCCAAGACUUUCUCCUGGGCUUCAGUGACCAGUAAAAACCUGCCUCCUAGCGGCACAGUUCCUUCCUCUGGAAUUCCUCCUCAUGUUGUUAAGGCACCAAGCUCACAGCCCAGAGUAGAGACCAAGCAGGAGGUGCAGGCCCCGCCCCCACGAGUCAGAGAUCAACGUCCUCCCCGUGAGAGACAGGGCUUUGCUCCCAGAGGACCCAGGCCUGACGGGGUGGCAUCCUCAGAAUCACAAGCUGGAAAACCCAACUUCAGUUUUAUUAGCAAAGGAAGGGGAGAGUCUGAACCAAAUGAAAUGGAUACAAGAAGGGCUGUUAGAUAUCCAGACAGUCACCAGCUGUUUGUCGGCAACCUGCCUCAUGACAUAGAUGAGAAUGAACUCAAGGACUUCUUCAUGUCUUUUGGAAAUGUAGUUGAGCUACGCAUCAACACCAAGGGAGUCGGCGGGAAGUUGCCCAACUUUGGUUUUGUGGUCUUUGAUGACUCUGAUCCUGUGCAGAGAAUUUUGGGUGCAAAGCCCAUCAUGUUCCGUGGUGAGGUUCGCCUAAACGUGGAGGAGAAGAAGACAAGGGCAGCGCGUGAAAGGGAAACCCGAGGCGGCGGCGGUGGUGAUGACCGGCGAGAUGUGCGCCGUAAUGAGCGGGGCCCAGGGGGUCCUCGGGGCAUCAUGGGAAGUGGAAUGAUGAGGGAUCGAGAUGGAAGGGGCCCACCCUCCAGGGGUGCAAUGGCCCCCAAGCCAGGCCUUGGUUCAGGAAGAGGAACCAGCCAGGGCAGUGAGAGCCGCUUCAACUCACAACGCCGCUGAGAAGUGCGAUGCUCUCUGCAGUUUGGAAGUAGUACCACGUUCAUCUUCACCUUAACAAAGUCUGCAUAUAUGAAUAUCUUUUUUUUUGGCUUUGGAAUGUCACACAGCCAGCCUGUCAACCAUUUAUUUGAUGUGAGAGACUUAAUGGGGGGGAGAGACAACUCAUUUGUUUGCCAACUUUGAGCUGAGCCUCUUUGUCCAGUUUUUCUCAAGGGUUUGCAAACGUUAAGUUGUAAUUUGACUAUAAUGAAACGGGAACAAAAGUCUGCUAUGUGAAAAAGGGACUCAUGAGACUUAUAGCAGUGGUACAGCCCAUCAUUUUGAGAUGAGAUUUAAAAACCCAUGCCUCAAGUUUGAAGGGGGGAGGGGGGUACUUAAUGGAUUCUUCUGCUGCACAUUUUGUAUGGAAGUGACCUGCCUGUUACUGUUGGAAGUAUGGUGCAAAUUGGAAACCCUUGCCUUUUUUUUCCUCGAACACUGUAAAACUUAAAACCAAUAGCAUUUAUGCGCUUGUCAGUAUGCACUAAUGGGUACUUUUCAUUUUAUAUUGACAUCCUCUGGAUGCAGCAGGAGGUCACACCUACAAUCUUCUACCCUUUAUUGAAACAGAUCACUCGCAGGUCUUGGUUUCCAGCUAAGCGUGAUCAGUGUACCAUCACGUCUUUACCUGUAUCCAUUUUUUGGUUCUUGCUGAAGACAUUUUUUUUGUGAUAUAAAGAGCAAUCCUGGACUUCUCAUGGAAAAAAGGACAAGAAAAGCUCAACACUAUGAAAGGUUGCUUCCUUGUUUAGCUUUUUUUUUUUUUUUUUUUUUUUUUUUUUUAAAUAUAUUUUAUGACAAAUAUUGCCCAGCCGCAAUAUGGGGAAUGGCUUCUUAACCCCAUAUAAAAAAAGUGUGGAAUAACAAUAAAUGUACAGCAAAAUCAUA